AUGUCAUGCAGAGGACGCAAUCUCCAGGUCACUCUUAAAGAACAAGAUGGAAAAAACUUACUUUACCAGAUAAACAAUUUAAAAACAGGUGAUGUUGAAGAGGGCAAGAAGAUUUUUGUUCAGAAGUGUGCCCAGGGCCAUACCAUGGAAAAGGGAAGCAACAAGACUGAGCCAAGUUUCCAUGGUUUAUUUGGACAAAAAGCAGACCAGGACCCUGGAUUUUCUUACCUGGAUGCCAACAAAAGCAAAGGCAUCACCUUGGAAGAAGAGACACUGAUGGAAUAUUUGGAGAAUCCCAAGAAGUACAUUCCUGGGACAAAAAUUAUCUUCACUGUCAUUAAGAAGAGAGGAGAGAGGGCAGAUUUGAUAGCUUAUCUCAAAAAAGCUGCUAAAGAGUAG